AUGGGUCUAGCCGAGGAGGCGCUAUUGGUCUGGAGGCCAUUGAUAUACAAGGAAGGAAGCCGAGCACAGUCCAGGAAGGACAUACAUUUCCACCACACUGCUGAGUGCUACGCUAACACUGGUGGUCAGAAGUCCAAGGCUACUCCCAUCGGUGCUGUUGCCAAGUUCGCGACCAAGGGUCACGAAGUCGAGAAGAAGAAUUUGGCUGAAAUGGCUAUGGAUUAUGGUACUGUGUACGUUGCCAGCGUUUCCAUGGGUGCCAAUUACGAUCAGACCUUGAAGGCUUUCUCCGAGGCCGAGGAUUAUGAUGGUUGCUCUGUUAUCGUGGCUUACUCUCCCUGCAUUGAGCAUAAGAACCUUGAUGCUAUGACCCACACUAUGCAGCAUCAGGCGACCGUUGCUGCUUCCGGCUACUUCCCGAUCUAUCGUUAUAACCCGAUGUUGAAGAGGAUGGGCAAGAACCCCUUCGUUCUUGAUACCAAGAAGCUCACCAUGGGUGUUGAUGCUGUCCUCGACAACGAGAUGCGUUUCGGUGCCUUGAAGAAGCGUGAUGCCGAUUUGUACAAGAAAUACAGGUCUGAGCUUGAUGCUUGGGUCCGUGAACGUUACAGCAAGUACCAGAGAUGGGCUGCUUUGGGUCACGAAGAUAUCUCUAAUGGUGUUCCGCUGACUCUUCUGUACGGCACCGAGACCGGUACUACCGAGGCCUUGGCUUAUCGUGUUGCUGAACUGGCCCGUCAGCGUGGUUACGCUGUGAGGUCAUGGAGUGCGAUGAGAUGGACGUGA